GAAAUAUAAACAAAUGAUGUAGUGGCGCCUGCGUGGAGGUGACGUCACUUCCACUCACAUUGAUUGUCUGAUACAACCAUGGACUUACUCUCACAUUUAUUCCAUUUUUGGUGAAUAUUGGGCGUUAUGUACCCUCUGGUGGCUCUCUUCUGAAAGAUCCUAUACUGUAUUGAGCUGGUGGCUGUUGCUGUCAAAAUUGGACAACAAUGGGUUCCUUGUUUCGCAGCGAAGAGAUGGCACUCUGCCAGCUCUUCCUUCAAAGUGAAUCUGCCUAUACAUGUGUGUCCGAAUUAGGUGAACUGGGAUUGGUACAGUUCAGAGAUCUUAAUCCUGAUGUGAAUGCCUUUCAACGAAAAUUUGUUAAUGAGGUUCGUCGUUGCGAUGAAAUGGAAAGGAAACUACGAUACUUAGAACGUGAGAUUCGUAAAGAUGGUAUUCCAGUCCUUGAUACUGGUGAGAACCCUGAAGCUCCCAUGCCUAGGGAAAUGAUUGAUUUGGAGGUAAAGUUUGAAAAGCUAGAAAAUGAACUGAAGGAAGUCAACAGCAAUGCUGAGGCACUCAAGCGAAACUACCUCGAACUGACAGAGUUGAAGCACAUCCUCAAGAAGACCCAGGUCUUCUUUGAUGAGGCUCUGUACCCCCCAAACCUUCCUUACGACCAAGAAGUUUAUUUUGACGACGAUGAGCGAAUAAAUCUGCUGAUGGACACGUCGCUUCACCAUCUCAUGCAUAUUGGAUUUGUUGCUGGAGUGAUCCUUCGGGAGAGAAUUCCUGCAUUUGAACGGAUGCUGUGGCGGGCAUGCCGCGGCAAUGUGUUCCUCCGUCAAGCUGAAAUGGAUGAUCCACUAGAGGACCCAGCUACAGGUGAGCAAGUCUACAAGUCAGUGUUCAUCAUCUUUUUCCAAGGAGAUCAGCUAAAAAUGCGCGUCAAGAAGAUCUGCGAGGGUUUCCGUGCCACCAUGUACCCAUGCCCUGAAGCUCCUGCUGACAGACGGGAAAUGGCCAUGGGGGUCAAAACCCGCCUUGAUGAUCUCAAUACUGUGUUAAGCCAGACACAAGACCACCGUCAUCGAGUGUUGGUUUCUGCCGCACGAAACAUCCGCGCCUGGAUGAUGAAAGUUUGGAAGAUAAAGAGCAUUUAUCAUACUCUUAAUAUGUUUAACUUGGACGUCAUACAGAACGGUUUGAUUGCUGAAUGCUGGAUCCCCGUUGCUAAUUGGGAAGAUGUGCAGCUUGCACUUCGCCGAGGCACUGAGAAAAGUGGAAGUUUGCCUGCAAUUCUCAAUAGACUGAGCACAUUGGAAGCUCCACCAACAUUUCACCGCACCAACAAAUUCACCAAAGCCUUUCAGAAUCUGAUUGAUUCCUAUGGUGUGGCUACAUACCGAGAAAUAAAUCCUGCUCCCUUCACCAUAAUAACUUUCCCAUUCCUGUUUGCCAUUAUGUUUGGUGAUGUUGGACAUGGAAUAAUUAUGGCACUUUUUGGGGGUUGGAUGGUUUGGCGAGAGAAACCUUUGUCAGCUAAGAAAACAGAUAAUGAGAUCUGGAACAUCUUCUUUGGAGGUCGAUACAUUAUUCUUCUGAUGGGUUUGUUCUCCAUGUACACUGGUCUCAUCUAUAAUGAUGUCUUCUCCAAGUCGAUCAACUUAUUUGGCUCAUCGUGGCAUGGAGCUUACAAUGAUUCCACCAUUCAGCAAAACAAAGAACUAACGUUAGAUCCAGCCGAUGUUAAACAAUAUGAUCAGUAUCCAUAUCCAUUUGGUCUGGACCCCAUGUGGCAGUUGUCCAACAACAAAAUCAACUUCUACAAUUCAUACAAGAUGAAGAUCUCAAUUAUUUUUGGAAUAGUCCACAUGUUGUUUGGUGUCAUUCUUAGUGUUUGGAACCACAAAUUCUUUAACAAGGCAAUGAACAUCUACUGCGAGUUUAUCCCACAAAUAAUUUUCUUAACGUGCUUGUUUGUUUACUUAGUACUACUCGUGUUCCAUAAGUGGGUGUGGUAUGGUGCUGGAGGGGAUGUCUCUACUUCUCCAAGCUGUGCACCAUCUAUCCUCAUCACUUUCAUCAACAUGGUACUGGUGAAGGGCUAUCAGGCUCCUAAGGAAGGUGAUGACUGUUCACCUUACAUGUUUGCUGGACAGUUUGGAAUACAAAGGUUCCUACUUGUUCUUGCCAUUAUAUGUGUACCCUGGAUGCUAUGUGCAAAGCCAUUCAUUCUUCAUCGAAUGAACAAGAGAAGACAACUGGAUGCUAGCAAUAAAAACAGAGGUAAUGAGAAAAACUUGCAAACAGGUCCUAGUGUUUAUGCUAAUGAUAAUUCCAAAAUUUUGGACUUUAACAAGGAUAGUAAUAGUGAAAAGCUAGAAGCUGAACCAAGCAUUCAUAAAAGUGAGGAGGAUGGGGUUGAUGCAAACCAAGAUGAGGUGAUGCAGGCCAAUGGAGUAGAAGGUGUGGUGGAGGAUGGUGGAGGUGAGGCAGUAGCAGUGACUGAAGAACAACAUGACAUGAGUGAGGUAAUGAUUCACCAGGGCAUCCACACAAUUGAGUACGUCUUGGGUUCAGUGUCUCACACUGCCUCCUACCUUCGACUUUGGGCACUAUCAUUAGCCCACGCUCAGCUUAGUGAAGUAUUGUGGAGGAUGGUGCUACGUAUUGGACUUACAAUUGGUGGCGAGGGUGUGGGCGGAGGUAUACUCACGUUUGUAAUUUUUGCAUUUUGGGCCACUCUGACCGUGGCUAUUCUCGUGUUGAUGGAAGGCCUCUCGGCUUUCCUCCACACACUUCGACUGCACUGGGUGGAGUUCCAAAGCAAAUUCUACGGAGGCACUGGUUAUCCGUUUGUUCCGUUUGCCUUUGAAACCAUUCUUGAUCAGGCUGAAAACACUGUGGUUGAACAGUAAGGAUCUUAUAGAAGUGGGACCAUGUGACUGAGGGAUUGUGGUGUUGAAGCUUUCUGCAGGCAGUACAUCACUAACCACUGUAUGGGUGGGGAUUAAACUCACGGGAAGUGAAUCGCAAAACUCCAGACCAACACGUUAGUCUGGAGCUUUACAACUCUUGCUGCGAGUUCAGUUUCCACCCGUACCAUAGUUUGCUUGCAAUUGUAUCAUUAUGAUUUUGUGAGUAAGUACAUCACUACCCAGUCACCCUGUCCUCUUUUUAUUUACUGUGUUCCUGUCAACAAACACUUUCAAGAUAUCUUCCUAUGAUUUUUCUCCAUUUUGUGAGGGUUGAUUUUGUUGUGAUAUUACUUGCAGUAGAAUUAUCAUACAGAGGUGGACAGUUAGGUUGGAAAUUAUGCAGAUGGUAUCUGACAGUCAUGCCAGACCUAAGGAAAGAAUAUUGAGGCUUUAAACUUGUAAGGUAAAUGUCUGUAUUCAUGCUAUGUAGUAGUGUGCGUUGCUUCUAUUGAAACGAAAUGAAUGACCUUGUAAGGUAAAUGUCUGUAUUCAUGCUAUGUAGUAGUGUGCGUUGCUUCUAUUGAAACGAAAUGAAUGACCUUACACUUUUACUUACAUAAUUACCUGGAUUAACAAAGGAAAAACUGAUAAAAGAGCUGAGGAAAGAAUUAGAAGUUGCCAGAGUUUCUAUUGUAUUGUUAUUUUCAGUUCUGAAAUACUUAUCCAUGUUUAAAUAUGUAGUAAUUAUAGCAUGGAAAGCUUAUAAAUUUAAAAAAAGACUCUUUAAAAAUAAAAUAGCUUUGAUUAUUAGCUUUCAUUGUAAAGAAGUACUUUUACUGUUACCACUGGUCAUGGCUGAGGUAUGGAAUUUGAAUUUGUAAAACCAUCUAGUCUGUAGUAUGAUAAAUUUACUCUGCUAUAAAGAAUACUCUAUAGGUAAAGUGUUCCACAUAAACUGAAAGGCAUUUUGUUCAGUAUUCCUGUAAUUGUUACCCCUAGUAAAUUUCCCUUACAUGUGUAUAUAUCUAUGUAUUAUUUAUCUUUCAUGCAUUCAUAUCAGGCUGACAAACUUAAUUGCCAAAGUGACCAUACAGCAAUUUCUCUGCUUUUAAAUUAUUUUAUGCUUCAGGCAUAGUAGUCUUGUAUGCUUUAACUAAGUACUGUGUGCUAAACUUCAAUGUAUGUUUGUCCUCUCUUUUAUAUAUGUGAUGGUGGUGUUAGUUCUUUCCUUAAUCAAGAUACAAGAUUACUCAUUGCUAAAAUAAAAAAAAAAGUCUUUUUGAAAUUAAUGAUCUUUGAGAACUGAACUCCAAUUCAUCUUUGUAAUUUCUAAUUACAUCUUUUUUUUAUAGGCUUGCGCUUUUUACUUUUUAUAUUAGAUGAUGGUUCACCUGUAGUGCAAAUUGUGGGGACCCAUAGCCUUGGAGUAGAUAAAAAGACUUGUCUAAAUUAUUUCGCUUUUAUUUUUGAUAGCGGGAUUUGUGCAGAAUAGUAAAUAUAAACUUAGUGUUUUAUAAUCAAUUAAUUUCGUUUGUUCAUUUAGAAAAUGCCAUUUAAACUAUUUCUAUUUUUGCUCUUGUUUAUUUCUCUAUUUAUUGCUAUGUUUUUUGCUCUUGUCUAUUAUCCAUAAUGUGUUUUAAAAUAAAAUGUCAAAUUCUUACAGUUCUUACUUCCUUUUGUAAGUACAGUACUGUAUAAUAUUGAGAAUGUACGCUGUUAUAAUAAGCUUUCAACAAGUAUGACUGCUUUCUGAUACCAAAAUACUUUGUCAGGAUACCAGAUAACACACAGCAAUGUUUUCUUUCAAAUGUUUUAGGGACCACUUAUGAUUUGAAUCAUGGUUUUAUCAUAUUUUUCAUUGAGAGGUUAAUUCUUGGUUUCUGAGGCACAUUAAUUGUACAAUAAAAAAAUUACAAUCAUCUGGCUGGUGCAACUUAUAAUAACGGUGAAAGGACAUGCGCACAACUAAAGUGACAUUUUUACUGUAGCAAUGUUUCACUCUCACAUUACUACAAUAAAAAUGUUGCUUUAGUUGUACGUGUCCUUUUACAUAACAUACUGUUAGUAAUUCUACCAGCAUUAUUACACUUGUAACUAACCCACAGAUUAGAGAUAAAACUUGGAUAACAUUUUGAUUCAUCUUGGAUUAUUACCAACUUGUGGCGUCUAAUGUUGUAAGAAUGGCCGUAAUGUUGCCCAAGUUUCAUUGCCAAAUUGUUGGGCUUGUUGCCAGUAAAUAUUAUGAUUCUUAGCUAAAGGUUGGCAGAUGUAUUUUGUUAUUGGUACAACGUAAGUGGAUGAAUUGUUUGGCUGUUAGGGGUAAGAGGGUUGUCAUUAACCUACUAGUUGAAAUGAACCCAUGCAGAUUUAAUAGCCCUACUUGACAUGUGAACACAUUUUUGCUUCCAGUUUUUUUCCUUUGUGGUUAUGAUUGUAUAUCUUCAAUAUUAUCAGUUAAUCUUGAGUAUCCUUGUAGUGAUCAUUUGCUCAUUUUAUUGAACUUCCCAGGAAAACUGUUUUAAUUUUCUUAAAUAGUACAAUGUGUUGUGUGAUAUAGUGAUUAUAAUAUCACAUGUCUUAGUAUUAUUACUUAGCGUAAUAACCUACUAUAUGUGAAUGCCAAUUUAUUAUAGCUUAUAGGACUAAUGAAAGGUAAUAAGAGUAUUCCUUAAAUAUCUACUGUAGUAUUUUCCUCAGAGUUUUUUAAUUUUACACCUCAUGGCAAGAAUUUGACAAAUACUGUGUUACAAAUGGAGGCAUGUAUGCACCAAUUAAUAUAUAUUAGUAUUGAAAUUUUGUGAUUUUUUUUCUAACAUGAAAAUCUGAGAAGGAAAUGUGUGUGCUUGCCCAAGUCUCAGCUGAACAGUGACACUAAAAAUAACCAAUCUAGCAAAAACACACCGAAUGAAUACUGCUGGGAAAAACAAAUGGGGCAGGAGUGUAAUCUUCAAAUUAUAAAAGUACAAAAAUUAUUUUGCAAAUCUCAGUGUUGAUAUUAAGAAAGGAAGUUUAAAGAUAAUUCAUUAAACUGCCUGUGUUGAUAAAGCACCAGAUGAAUUUGAAAGUUCAUCUGAAGAAUCUCUUGUAGUGUUGCUAGUAGAGUACAGUAAGUCCACACUUAGUCAUUGAUAGGUUCUUGGAAACUGCGACUUCAAACAAAACAAUUUACAUGUAUAACGAAACCAAUUUUACCAUAGGCUAAUUGACACAAACAUCAGGGGUGCACAGUGCAUCUUUAGCACUCAUUGCAACAGCGUUAAAUCAAGGAAUAAAUGUUAAAAGAAAAUUGUAAGGAGUGCCUCCUACCAGCACACAGGUCAAAGACAAAUGUGCAGAUUCCACACACAGUGGCCCCGGCUGGGAAUCCAUUUUUUCCUCAUCAUUGUAACAAAACAACGUUAAGUGAGGACUUGCUGUAUAAUGCAGUAAAUAACAGCUCCUGUGUUCAGCAGAACUAUCAAGUAAAGUACUGUAUACUUUUUUUAUUUUUUAAUGAGAUAUGGAAUGGCUCAAAGGAACCCACAUGGAGAAAAUAAAAGGAAUGUUUUGGCCAACCAUUGUGACUCGGUGCACUGCUAAGAGAAGCUCUUUAGUAUGAAAUAUUCAUUACAUUAAUUAUCCAGCCUUACUUUUUCCUCCAUGUUGAUUUGUUUGUCCCUAUGACCAGUGUUUAUUACUUUUUUUUAAAUAUAUGAGUUAUAUGGCUUAUGAAGUCUGUAACUGAGUAAGGAACUGCAACUAUGACAGGCAUUAAUUAGCUCUUUAAGAUGUUGGAUACUGCACUGUAUUUGACGGCUUUGUGUUUCUACAUCAGUUCUGUUAAAACCAAAAUGAAUUUAAGACAUCCAAUAUGUUUGUCAAUAUUCAGCAUCAGUUGCUGUCUAUGGCCAGUAAUGUCAUGGUAUACAUUGGUUGCUUUAUUCAUAGACUUUUCAAAAACUGUUUUAUAAAAGGAUUGAAUAACUUAGGGGGUUUAGCACUGUUUAUAGAUGUAGUCCCCCUGAAGGGAGGUGCCUUCAUGGAGGAUAAGUCCAAGGAAUUUGACCAAUCCUCCACUUCCUUGGCUCAAACGUGAUUGCCUCCCAUAUUCCCAGGUGCUGUAUGACCUCUCUAGGGUUGACACAUUCACAUGAAUGUCAUACACUCAUAAUGUGGAUUUAAUAAUAAUGAACUGUGUGACCCUCAUGGGUUUAGUGCUUAGUUAUGAUUAUAAUAAUGAAAAGACUGAUGCCAUUUUUAUUUUAAUUUUACCCACAUUUCAAAUCGGUGGUAGAAUGUGAGUCUGAUCACACAGAGAUUAUAAUAAAAUACAGUGUGGUAUAAGUUACAUAAAUAUUUUUGUGUAUUGUAAUUACUCUUAACAUCAAAAGUUGUUGUGUGGAUGUGUUGUAAGAAGUAGAAAUUUCAAGUUUAUCUCUUAGAGGUGUGCUGGAAAAAGGUUUUCAUGGUGUGUGCAAGUGUGUGCCUUUGCACAUGAAGGUCAAAAUUUUACAGGGCGCUACAGCAUUCUAUGAUCACUGGUAAUCUUGAUUUCAUUUGUAUAAACAUAUGAUUUUUUUUUUUAAUAUUUCAGUUUCAUUCUUAAAGGAAAGAAGGCCACAGUGCAUGUUUUAAGUGACUAGAUAAAAUAAUUCUAGCUUGUGAAACUAUUGGUUUUUAAGAAAAACAUGAAUUUAGCCAUACAGAUGAUUAUGCUACUUUUAUAACUAUUCUUAGCAUGAGCAGGCUUACUAGAGCAGAAAAUCAUUAUUGUAAUUACUGUUCUUUUAUUUAAUGUUUUAUUACAUAAUCCCUAGUCAUAGUACUGGCAACUUAAAAACCUGAUUUGUUAUGUUCUUCAAUAAAUUUCUGUUAGAAAAUAA